AUGGCUUUGUACUCUUCCAGUAUUAAGUUGUUGGUGUAUGUAAUCUUGGCAUUACACCAUCUGGACGGCAAGGUUUUUCGGGAUAACCUGAUGCCCCCCAUGGGCAUUAGGCAGUGGGCCAGCAUGACUCACAUUGAACUGAACACCAACACCAUCAACUUCUAUCAACGACCCUGGACCACACAGAACACCAACGAGACCACUGGACACAGUUUGCACAAGUGCACCGGAGAGGCUUGUGUUAUGGUCAGCUUGGAACCCACUGCUACCCGGGUAGCUACAAACAACAGCUGGCACACAUUAUGGAGAUGGAUUGGGGGUAAGGCCCUGCGACAGACUUGUGUCCUAUCCAGGGGGUGUACAUCAAGCUGCCUCAUGCUACAAAAACAGGAGAUAGGCUCCUGCCCUAUGGGCCAUUGUGGCUUCGACAAGCCCACCACCACCCAGACCAGAAACAGUAUUGACCAGAAAUACAGAGAUGUUAGUGCUUUGCACCAGACAACCAGUGAUUCUACGGCCAGCCGCAGAACGCUUCGCCCCCGAGUAGCUGAGCUCAGGAGUAGGGAGAGAGCGGGAGCAAGUGAGCUUGUGUGGAAGAAGACCAACACCAUCAACUUCCAUCAACGACCCUGGACCACACAGAACACCAACGAGACCACUGGACACAGUUUGCACAAGUGCACCGGAGAGGCUUGUGUUAUGGUCAGCUUGGAACCCACUGCUACCCGGGUAGCUACAAACAACACUAACCAACUCAGUGGCCUUGUCGUUAGCGUGUCCGCCCUGAGAUUGGAAGGUCGGGUGGUUUAUCCGCGGUCCAAUCAUACCAAAGACUCUAAAAACGGGACCCGGUGCCUCUCAGCUUGGCACACAUUAUGGAGAUGGAUUGGAGGUAAGGCCCUGCGACAGACUUGUGUCCUAUCCAGGGGGUGUACAUCAAGCUGCCUCAUGCUACAAAAACAGGAUAUAGGCUCCUGCCCUAUGGGCCAUUGUGGCUUCGACAAGCCCACCACCACCCAGACCAGAAACAGUAUAGACCAGAAAUACAGAGAUGUUAGUGCUUUGCACCAGACAACCAGUGAUUCUACGGCCAGCCGCAGAACGCUUCGCCCCCGAGUAGCUGAGCUCAGGAGUAGGGAAAGAGCGGGAGCAAGUGAGCUUGUGUGGAAGAAGACCAACACAAUCAACUUCCAUCAACGACCCUGGACCACACAGAACACCAACGAGACCACUGGACACAGUUUGCACAAGUGCACCGGAGAGGCUUGUGUUAUGGUCAGCUUGGAACCCACUGCUACCCGGGUAGCUACAAACAACAAUAACCAACUCAGUGGCCUUGUCGUUAGCGUGUCCGCCCUGAGAUUGGAAGGUCGGGUGGUUUAUCCGCGGUCCAAUCAUACCAAAGACUCUAAAAACGGGACCCGGUGCCUCUCAGCUUGGCACACAUUAUGGAGAUGGAUUGGGGGUAAGGCCCUGCGACAGACUUGUGUCCUAUCCAGGGGGUGUACAUCAAGCUGCCUCAUGCUACAAAAACAGGAUAUAGGCUCCUGCCCUAUGGGCCAUUGUGGCUUCGACAAGCCCACCACCACCCAGACCAGAAACAGUAUUGACCAGAAAUACAGAGAUGUUAGUGCUUUGCACCAGACAACCAGUGAUUCUACGGCCAGCCGCAGAACGCUUCGCCCCCGAGUAGCUGAGCUCAGGAGUAGGGAGAGAGCGGGAGCAAGUGAGCUUGUGUGGAAGAAGACCAACACCAUCAACUUCCAUCAACGACCCUGGACCACACAGAACACCAAUGAGACCACUGGACACAGUUUGCACAAGUGCACCGGAGAGGCUUGUGUUAUGGUCAGCUUGGAACCCACUGCUACCCGGGUAGCUACAAACAACACUAACCAACUCAGUGGCCUUGUUGUUAGCGUGUCCGCCCUGAGAUUGGAAGGUCGGGUGGUUUAUCCGUGGUCCAAUCAUACCAAAGACUCUAAAAACGGGACCCGGUGCCUCUCAGCUUGGCACACAUUAUGGAGAUGGAUUGGGGGUAAGGCCCUGCGACAGACUUGUGUCCUAUACAGGGGGUGUACAUCAAGCUGCCUCAUGCUACAAAAACAGGAGAUAGACUCCUGCCCUAUGGGCCAUUGUGGCUUCGACAAGCCCACCACCACCCAGACCAGAAACAGUAUUGACCAGAAAUACAGAGAUGUUAGUGCUUUGCACCAGACAACCAGUGAUUCUACGGCCAGCCGCAGAACGCUUCGCCCCCGAGUAGCUGAGCUCAGGAGUAGGGAGAGAGCGGGAGCAAGUGAGCUUGUGUGGAAGAAGACCAACACCAUCAACUUCCAUCAACGACCCUGGACCACACAGAACACCAACGAGACCACUGGACACAGUUUGCACAAGUGCACCGGAGAGGCUUGUGUUAUGGUCAGCUUGGAACCCACUGCUACCCGGGUAGCUACAAACAACACUAACCAACUCAGUGACCUUGUCGUUAGCGUGUCCGCCCUGAGAUUGGAAGGUCGGGUGGUUUAUCCGCGGUCCAAUCAUACCAAAGACUCUAAAAACGGGACCCGGUGCCUCUCAGCUUGGCACACAUUAUGGAGAUGGAUUGGGGGUAAGGCCCUGCGACAGACUUGUGUCCUAUCCAGGGGGUGUACAUCAAGCUGCCUCAUGCUACAAAAACAGGAUAUAGGCUCCUGCCCUAUGGGCCAUUGUGGCUUCGACAAGCCCACCACCACCCAGACCAGAAACAGUAUUGACCAGAAAUACAGAGAUGUUAGUGCUUUGCACCAGACAACCAGUGAUUCUACGGCCAGCCGCAGAACGCUUCGCCCCCGAGUAGCUGAGCUCAGGAGUAGGGAGAGAGCGGGAGCAAGUGAGCUUGUGUGGAAGAAGACCAACACCAUCAACUUCCAUCAACGACCCUGGACUUCACAGAACACCAACGAGACCACUGGACACAGUUUGCACAAGUGCACCGGAGAGGCUUGUGUUAUGGUCAGCUUGGAACCCACUGCUACCCGGGUAGCUACAAACAACACUAACCAACUCAGUGACCUUGUCGUUAGCGUGUCCGCCCUGAGAUUGGAAGGUCGGGUGGUUUAUCCGCGGUCCAAUCAUACCAAAGACUCUAAAAACGGGACCCGGUGCCUCUCAGCUUGGCACACAUUAUGGAGAUGGAUUGGGGGUAAGGCCCUGCGACAGACUUGUGUCCUAUCCAGGGGGUGUACAUCAAGCUGCCUCAUGCUACAAAAACAGGAUAUAGGCUCCUGCCCUAUGGGCCAUUGUGGCUUCGACAAGCCCACCACCACCCAGACCAGAAACAGUAUUGACCAGAAAUACAGAGAUGUUAGUGCUUUGCACCAGACAACCAGUGAUUCUACGGCCAGCCGCAGAACGCUUCGCCCCCGAGUAGCUGAGCUCAGGAGUAGGGAGAGAGCGGGAGCAAGUGAGCUUGUGUGGAAGAAGACCAACACCAUCAACUUCCAUCAACGACCCUGGACUUCACAGAACACCAACGAGACCACUGGACACAGUUUGCACAAGUGCACCGGAGAGGCUUGUGUUAUGGUCAGCUUGGAACCCACUGCUACCCGGGUAGCUACAAACAACACUAACCAACUCAGUGGUCUUGUCGUUAGCGUGUCCGCCCUGAGAUUGGAAGGUCGGGUGGUUUAUCCGCGGUCCAAUCAUACCAAAGACUCUAAAAACGGGACCCGGUGCCUCUCAGCUUGGCACACAUUAAGGAGAUGGAUUGGGGGUAAGGCCCUGCGACAGACUUGUGUCCUAUCCAGGAGGUGUACAUCAAGCUGCCUCAUGCUACAAAAACAGGAGAUAGGCUCCUGCCCUAUGGGCCAUUGUGGCUUCGACAAGCCCACCACCACCCAGACCAGAAACAGUAUUGACCAGAAAUACAGAGAUGUUAGUGCUUUGCACCAGACAACCAGUGAUUCUACAGCCAGCCUCAGAACGCUUCGCCCCCGAGUAGCUGAGCUCAAGAGUAGGGAGAGAGCGGGAGCAAGUGAGCUUGUGUGGAAGAAGAUGGUGGAAGUGAUUAAUGGGGCAGAAGAGAGGAGGAUAGAGGCUGCAUGCUGCAUGUUUCUGGCUCUCUGCUGCUGGUUGUACGGAAUGGGCCUGCUGCUCACCAUCAGUGUGAGAGGACUACUGCAGGUAAUGUGAUGUAAAAGAGAGAUUAGGGGUAUGAGGGGGUCUGAGAAAGGCUUUAAGAACAACAAUAGAAUAGGUCCAAAUAGUGACAUUUACCCUUUGUAGUUAUAUAUAUUGCCUAAGCUGACAUACAGUAUUACUUACAUGUCACUGUAAAGACUUAAGAAAUCACCACAUUGUUAUCAAUUCAUUUGACCUUGGAACAUGAAUUAAAAUAUGGUUUUGUUUUCCUAAUAAGACUAAGUUUAUUUUCUUUCCAUAGAUAAUGGUCGCAUUAGAGCUCCAUGGAGAUGAGCAAAAGGAGAGAGGAGCUGAGAGGGAGACAGACAGCUGUAAAGAUGCUCAAACCGCUCCAGUGUUGGUGACCACCCGUGGUUCAACUAAGAAGAGAGCCCGCCGCCUCCGCCGUCAGUCCAACAAGGGGAAACACUGA